AGAUUUAGAUUGGGACAUAAACCUAUCACACUAGAUUUUUCUCAAUAAAAAAAAGUACCCAAUGACAAAAGCAAAGUUUCUUUUAUUGAAAAGAAUGACAAUAACAAAGUUGAUGAUAUAAUAUCCAAAAUUUGCAUUAUUUUCUGAAAGUGAUACAAACCCUCCAAAAUGUCUAUUUGGAAACCACACUCCACUACUUUCCUUUGUUGUCGAGUUGUGGUUACCAUUUGUCGUCAAAUUCUUCCUUAUUCACACAAACACUACCAUCAUCACUAAUUUAUACCUUAACCUCACUCAAAUUAACUUUACUCUUUGAAAUAGCUUGUGAAAUAAUGGCUAUAAGAUAUUGUUACAAAGAUUUGGUUCCUUUUGGUGCUAUGGUUACCAUGGAAUGCAUCAACGUUGCCUUGAAUACUCUCUUCAAAGCUGCUACCUUAAAAGGAAUGAGUUAUCAUGUCUUUGUUGUUUAUGCUUAUGCUGUUGCUGCUUUUGUUCUUCUUCCUUCACCCUUUAUCUCCAAAAGAUCAAGAGUGCUUCCUCCUCUGAGUAAACCCAUAAUGUACAAAAUUGGUCUUCUUGGGGUGAUCGGAAGUUCAUCUCAGAUUAUGGGGUAUACAGGUAUUAGUUUAAGUUCUCCCACUCUCUCUUCAGCAAUUAGCAACUUGGUUCCAGCUUUUACCUUCUUGCUUGCCAUCAUUUUCAGGAUGGAAAAGGUAGCUAUAAGAAAUUUAAGUAGUCAAGCAAAGGUGUUGGGAACCAUAGUCUCAAUAUCAGGAGCAUUUAUAGUGACCCUCUACAUAGGACCACCAAUCAUCAUUGCACUCAGAUCUUCCCUUCCACUUCAUCAAUCAAUUAACACUCCAAAACCAUCAGAUCAAAAUUGGGCCAUUGGUGGCCUUUUAUUGACAGCUGAGUAUAUUUUGGUUCCCUUAUGGUACAUUGUACAGGUACAAAUCAUGAAGGUGUACCCUGAUGAACUAACAGUAAUCUUCUAUUACAACUUAUGUGUAAGCAUUAUAGCUGCAAUUGUAGGGGUGAUUAGUGAGCCAAAUGCAAGUGCUUGGAAAAUAGGACUCGAUACAUCACUUGCAUCCAUCCUUUGCUCGGGAAUUUUUGGAUCAUUCUUGAACAAUACAGUUCAUGCAUAUGUACUACGUAUAAAGGGGGCCGUAUAUGUUGCAAUGUUCAAACCACUCUCAAUUGUCAUAGCUGUUGCAAUGGGAGUUGUGUUCCUUGGUGAUACUCUCCACCUUGGAAGUUUAAUUGGAGCAACAAUAAUAUCAAUUGGAUUUUAUACUGUAAUGUGGGGUAAAGUAACAGAAGAGGUGAUUGAAGAUGUCCCUAUCCACGAAACACCAACUACACAAAAUGUUCCUCUCUUGCAAGGCUAUAAAACUGAAGUUGAAAACAAGAUGCAUACAAGUGUAUAAAGGAAAUACAACUCUUAACAUGUGUUGUAGCAGCAGAAUAUCUAUGAUCUAGGAGUACAAUUCAACUGAAUGAGAAUAGCACCCUUUCAUCAUGUAGCAAACAACACAAAUUAAACUUUCUACGGAGGAAGUCGCAACCUCUGCAAGUUGGAGGAUCCAGUAUAUACAGAUGUGGUUAAAGGCAAGGAGCUACAUUGUUGUCUAUUGUACAAAGGCAUUUGGUGAAGGUUCUAUAAAUAGAACAACUCUAGAUGCAGAAAAGACAACAAAAUUCAUUUGUUUCUGAUUCUGCAAAAAUGAAAACUCUAAAUUGUUUCCUCUCUUCUCUUAUGUGUAAAUUAAUUGAAGUUAGGGAACUGUUGUUUGUAAACUAUCAUUUCAUGAUAUGAUUUAUAUUGGAUGUACGAUUCAUAUCAAGGAACUACAAAGUAUCAUAGAUGAGAUUCAAGGGUACCUUAUUGUAGUCAGUUUAGAGAAACUGGUGGAGGAGAAUCAAAUCUAAUGCUUAGUGUUCAUACAUGCUUUCGAAUAAUAUACUUUGUACAAUCGUCUUCUUCAUAUCUA